AUGAGUCUCUUUGCCAGGUCUCGCGCUGGUGACAAGAUGAAGUGUGGCUUUGAUGUUACGAUGUUACGCAAGUGGCGUAUGGUGUUGGGAGCCAUGGCUGCGAGACCGUCUUAUGCCAGGUUGAUAAUAGGCGUCUGUCUCUGGAUGCAGCCCUCGGAUGCCAGGUCUGCUUACCUGGCUGAACUCAACAUCUCUGGGAGCAUGCCUUCCCAGCUUUUCUGCGUGCAGCAGACUUAA